CAUUGGUGCGAACUACACUUAUACGUCUAUGCCAUCAGGCCGAAGUCGAUACCAUGUGGCUGAAAAGCAUUCAGAUUUUGUGGAUCACAACUGUUCUGUUCUGCUUUGUGUGGUGCAUAAACAAUAAAGGUACUAAAGGAGGCUGCUGCAAUGAAACACAGAUUAUGAAGAGGAAUGACUGUUUGCUUUUAGUGGAUGAUGGAUAUACAGGCCCUAUUCGCUUCAAAAGAAAUGACCCUUGUCCUGAGCAUUCACAAGGUUGCGGAAAUUACAGAAAAUCCAGUGGCCAAACUGACUGUGCCUCUAUAUUAUCAUUGGACACAACGAAAACUGGAGUAUGUUAUUUAGGAAAUUUAAGUGAAGAUUAUAACAUCACGAUCAAGAAAGAUGGCCAGUCAUAUCACAUAUACCUGUUGAAGAAGAAUCCUCAAGUUAACGGUCCAUUCCUAUGUUUCGUACCUGGAAAUUGCAGUGUCAACAGUUCUGGACAACCAGGAGAAGGUGCUAUCCAAUUAAAUUCUCCCAAAACACAGUUCAAGUUCAGUGAAACUCUUUGCAAAAAUCACACAGAAAAUGAAAUUAUUAUAUAUAAUAUAUCUUUCAUUGAAAACAAAAAAGGAAAUGAAUCAACAUGUUUGUCCAUGGAUAAGGAAACAUAUGUGACCUGCAAAAACCCUGUAGAAGAACCUAAAUUACAUUUUGAAGUGAAAGACACCAUCAUUGUUUCUGCAAAUGGUGAAGUAGAUGCAACUUCUGCCAUGAAGGCCAUGAAGAGUCUUCCCUCACUUCUUAACAGUAUGAGUAAUGAAGAUUCUGCACGUAUCACCAUGGGACCCAUCAAAGGGAUCCUGAAGAAACAAGACAAGAAAGCUGAAUCAGAAUUUAAAGAGGUCUCUUUUGGGCUCACUACAACCUCUGAUAUACAAGUCAUAGGAGACAUUACUGCACUGGAGCACACCUUUCCUGGAUUAAUUUCAAUCCCAAAGGAAGCAUUUGAAAAAGCCAAUUUGUCAAGUAGCAAUGAGCCAUUUGCUGCUGUUUUCAGAUUCCCAAAUUUGACAAAGGAUGCAAACAACAGCAGACUUUUAAACUCUGAGGCCAUUGCGAUUGAAAUGGCAGCUGAGAUAAAAAAUCUCACGGAUGUGAUAAAAAUGACAUUUAUAAAAGUUCAGGAUGACGUCAAGAUGUCUUGCCGUUCUUGGAAUGGUGAAGGGAAUGUACCAGUCUGGACAACAGAUGGGUGUUACACCUUUGAGAGUAAUGAUACUGUCUCCUGCCAGUGUACGCACUUGACAUUCUUCGCUAUUCUAAUGGUCAGUCCUGGGCUGACCAUCAGCAGCUCGGACUUGACAUCUCUAACAUACAUCACCUACAUUGGCUGUGGAAUGUCAAUGUUCUUCUUGGGUGUUGCUCUUUUCAUGCACUUCCUGUUAAGGAGAGCCAAGGCCAAUUAUGCCACCCUGAUCCUCAUGAACCUCUUCAUAGCCAUGUUCCUACUGAACCUCUUCUUCAUGUCCAAUGAGGGGGUGGCAAAUCUGGGGAACCCCAUCGGCUGCAAGAUAUUGGCAGCAGCCAUGCACUACUCCAUGUUGUCCACGUUCACCUGGUUUGCUGUCGAGGCCUUCCAUCUUUGCUUUCAUUUGAUCAAGUCUUCCCACAUCACCAUCAAGCACUACAUCCUCAAAGUUUGCAUUGCUGGAUGGGCACUUCCCUGCAUGGUGAUGAUCAUCCUCUUCUGUCUUGGAAAAUAUGGGUCCUUAACCAUAAACUCUGGCGAUAAAUCUGUGAAUAUGUGCUGGAUCACUGACAGUACAGUGCAUUAUGUUGUGAACAUCAGCUACUAUGCAAUAGUCUUCCUCUUCACCUUCACCGUCUUCAUCGUUAUCAUGACAAGGCUGACACACGCGUGGAGGGUGGACGCAGGUGCGUCCAAAAGAGGCACAGGGGGCCCGAAGAACAUAUACUCCAUCCUGGGCCUGUGCUGCCUGCUGGGAAUCACCUGGGGUUUCGCCUUCUUUAGCCACGGGCCCCUUCGGAUACCAUCCUUCUAUAUUUUCACCAUCCUCAACUCUUUUCAGGGCUUCUACUUGUUCCUGUAUUAUUACAACACAAACAAGAUUGCUGGAGAGGAACAGACUUCCAGCUCCUCAACACAAAUUUCAAGUAUCUUCAAGACCUCCAUGCACACAGUUAACCCUUAUUUAAGCUAAAGUGCCAAACACAAGUCCUGAGAUGUGCCUACAUAGCCAAAAGGUUUGGAUUUCUACAGAACCAGAUGUCUGACUCACCUCACCUUGUUGAUGUAUCCAUUAGACACCAAAUUGGCAUUUUAUGAUGGAGGGCCAUGAUCCCAUGGGAAGCACAUGGAAUACUUUUGUUGAAAGCAAACUAUUGGAAAUAGGCUGCGUGCAAAAGGCACACAGGAGGAGUCCAGACUGCAUAAAAUGCAGGCCAAUCUAUCAGCCUGUCAACUAUGGCUACUUUAAAAGUGCAGUUCACCCUAAAAUGAAAUUAAGGUUAGCCUGUGUCCACUUACCCAGAGUACCAUUUAUCUAGAUAGUAAUUUAAAGUGUUUUUAGAAUCAACUGCAGCUCACCCACAUUAAACAGACCUCAAGGGACCUAUAUUUUUUGGUGCACAAUGCACUGAAAAUUUACAUUAAAAAAAAAUUUAAAAAAAACUCAACAGAAACAUGUCUUUCCAAAUAUA